CGUGCACAACCUCAAUACCUGGUAGCAUCAAUUCAUGGUGUCACUGUCGAACAUCGGGACGUCAGUACUCUCGCGUCAGUAUGCAUAUGCUGUAGGACACCGACAUACAUGAGUGCAACACGCUUAAUUCAUCAUCACGUUUAGACAAGCGCAGCCUGAAGACCACGCGGAAAUGGCUUCACUCCCAGCGCGCCAGCAGUCGCACAGGCGGACUUCUCCAGCGCAGAGUGACGCGACUCAGCGACAAGCACAAGAGCAAUCGUUGGACGAUGCUGCAAAGUCAACCGCAUAUGGAGACCCGCAAACACUCUUCACCAAGGGCCAGCAGACAGAGCAGACCGAGCAAGAAGAGGAGCAGUCUCCACCGGUACAGCAAGUCCGCCCUAGCAACCCCGAUGAUGAUCCGUCAAUCAAGAAGUGCUGGAUCUGCUUUUCCGACUCCACCGAGGAUACACCAGAGACAUCGCCAUGGCGUGACCCAUGUCCAUGCGCCUUAGUAGCACACGAAGAAUGCUUGCUAGACUGGAUCGCGGAUACGGAAGCACCCAAGAACCGUCGCAACCAGUCAAUAGCUGCGCCCAAGAUCGAGUGUCCGCAAUGUAAAGCCGAGAUCAAGCUUGCUAGGCCGAAGGACUACGUAGUGGAAGUAGUCCGGGCGCUUGAAAGGCUAGGCACGCAAGCAGUCACUCCUGGUGCGCUUACUGUGUUGUCUGGGAGUCUGUAUCAAGCAAGUCUUGCGUGGGGAAUGCACAGCAUAUAUGCCAUCUUCGGACCGAAUGAUGGCUUCCGAAUACUACAGCCUUUGAUACAAAACAGUUUCCGGCCGCCGGUCGAGGUCUACCUCAACAACCCACAACAAGCGGCGCAGAAGGUACUCGAUCUAUUUCUUAACAACCUCGUACACUGGCGGCUAUACCUCGGAGUGCCGCUAAUUACACCUGUUCUGAUUCUUUCGCGGACCAAGUUCGCAGACUCGAUACUGCCCGUUCUACCUGUCUUCUUCUUCGCCACUCAAUCUCACGGACCCGACGAUCCGCUUAACUACGGUGACUGGCCACCUUCGGCGAGCAUGUGCUUUGCCAUACUGCCAUAUCUGCGCUCUGCAUACAACCUCUACUACGACAAGGUGUGGGCGGAGAAGGAGAAGCGGUGGCUGAAGGAAAUCCAACCGCGGAGUUCGCAGCCUCAGGAAGCAACAAACGAAGCGGUCGCAGACGCUGGUCUUGGAGAAGCCGCGGCGAACGCCGACGAUGGCGGCAACAUCUUCGAGGUUCGUAUCGACGGUGGAAUCUGGGAGGAGUGGGAGGAGGGACCAGAGGAAGCGGCAGAAGCGCUCAAUCAGGCGCCCCCACUACGACAACCUCCACUACCGGACGAUGCUGCACAAGCGCAACCAUUACCGAACGAUGCAGCGGGCAGACUAGCAGGUGUAGCGAACCAGCAGCCGCAACCCAACGGGCCUCAGCCGGCUGCCGCACAACCAGCAGUCGCGAACAAUGAACGACGCCUCUCCUUCUCGCCCACCGCCAUCGCCGAGACGGUCCUUGGCGCCAUCUUAUUCCCUACCAUCGCCGGCCUGUCCGGUGAACUGCUCAAACUCAUUCUCCCCCGUGCCUGGACCGUCGCGUCAGCGCCUACAACUUACCAAGGCUUGCGCCGCAUCCCAGGAAUGCGGACAUCCAUUCUACAGGAGAAGUGGGGUCGGAGUCUUGUUGGGGGAUGUCUGUUCGUCGUGGCGAAAGAUGCGGUAAUGCUGUAUGUGCGGUGGAGGAUGGCGGAGAUGCACCGCCGGAGACGAGUGGUGGAUUAUGACCGGGCGAGCGUGAGACGGAGAUGAGUAGGGUUCGGUUUUAGCGAGGUGUUCAGGCGUUCUACCAUACGGCCAUAGCUCGAUAAUCCACCCGGCUCCGUUCUAUGUGCGUCUCAUAACCAUACCACUAUGUCUACUGUGUAGUUGCUGAUAAAUCGAUUCUGUUCGUU